CAACACGGAAAUAUCGGCGGAUCGGUUCAGUGUCGGUUUCCAGGAUCUUGGGGAAAACGCAAGCGGGCCGACAUGGACACGGGGGGUCCGAUCCGGGCCGGUCUCCUUCUCCUGGCUUGUGCGUGUGUGGCCACGGGAAGUCCGAUAGGUACUUCUGAUAUUAAUUGUGCUGGGGGUAGCACUGCAGUAUUGGGUCAAGUGAAUGAAGGAUAUUCAGGGGAGGUGGAGGUGGUGAGCGGGAUCACGGGUGGGGUGAAGCUGGUGCCCCACAUCUUCCCGACCCACCUGCAGUUCCUGGAGCUGAGCUUCACGGCGGGGGACGCCACCGCGACGGUCCGCACCACAAAGCCGCUGGACGCCGACGCGCUGGCCGCCACCGACAGCACCUUGUAUUACUCCGUCAUGUGUGACGACAUAACGAAGUACAACAACACUCGGACGCUGAAAAUCAACGACCUCAAUGACAACAAACCGAUAUUUGGACAGAAGAGCUACAGCGCGUCUGUCUCCGAGAUCCACAGCGUGGACAGCGUGGUCCUCCAGGUGUCGGCGGUGGACGCAGACAGCACGCCAGCCAACAACCGAGUGGCAUAUUCCAUUGAACCGACUUCCGAGGACUUCAUGGUGACCAACUCUGGGGCUUUUAUUUUGAAAAGAAGUUUGAACUACAAUAUAGUUCAAAAGUACAACUUCAUUGUGACGGCAAAGGAUAACGGCGGCUUAAACGACACGGCGUCCGUGCUCAUCACCGUGGAGGACUUUGAUAACAUGAAUCCGUAUUUCAGCCACAACGUGUACCAGGCCUUUAUUCCAGAGAACCAGGUUGGACCUUUCAGGGCUCUUGAGCCCGAGGCCAUAAAAGCCCAGGACGGAGACUUGGGGAUCAACAUGACGUUGACUUACAGCAUCAGCUCAGUGUCUCCAGACAAGUAUCGGACAAACUUCGGGGUGGACUUCAGCAGCGGGGCGGUGUCCGUGCUGACGGCUCUGGACCGGGAGGAGAUGGCCAGCAGCGAGAUCUCCGUCAGCAUCAAGGCGGCCCAGACGGACGACGCUCUGAAGACGGCCGGCGCCGUGGUGUCCGUCUUCGUGGAGGACGUGAACGAUAACCCGCCGGAUUUCGACCGGCCGGCCUACUCCGUAUCACUCCUGGAAAACUCCCCCUUCGAUGGCGUUGUGUUCAAAGCCGCGGUCAGCGACCUGGACCAGGGAGGAUUUGUGGGGACUCUACGGAUCAUUCCAGAAUCUUCUCCCUUCUCUGUCGGCUCUGACGGGACCGUCCGAGUGAAGAACCCCUCAGACCUGGACAGAGAGACCACGGAAAGCUUCAGAUUUGAGAUCGAAGCAAAGGAGACAGAUCCUCCCAACGCUGUAGUCGUGGUCGAAGUCAACGUAACUCUCCUGGAUGAGAAUGACAACAGUCCUUCAUUCAGCAGUAAAACGUACGAGGGGAAAGUGUUUGCCAAUCAAACAGUUGGAAUGCAGCUGGUCCAGGUUAAGGCCGAGGAUCCAGAUGCUGGCGUAAAUGGGCAGAUAAAAUACUUUAUUGACUUUGGCAACAACGACGGCUUCUUCUCAAUCGAAGAAGACAGUGGAGAAAUCUCGUUGGCUCGAACCAUUCCCCUGCUGGAGAACCAGAUAUUGGAGUUCCCUCUCUACAUAACGGCCAGAGACGGGGGCGCUAUAUCCCGCUCCUCCUCAGCACAGGUGAACAUUCGGGCCCCUGGCGACUCCAAGCCUCAGUUCCUACAUGAAGUGUACCGUGGCACUGUAGAAGAAGAGCGGGAGCCGGGAGUUUUUAUAUUGAGGGUCGACUUCCUCGCCGUAGCUGCUGAGAUUCCCGUGACUCUCCGAGUUGAUUCCGAAGCCGACAAGUUUGUCAUCACCGACGGCGGCGAAUUCUCCACCAGGGUGAAGCUGGACUACGACGAGGCCCCACACAACUACUCCGUGGGCAUCUCCAUCUCCGACGGGGUCAACAGCAACAGCGCGGUGGUGGAGGUUCAAGUCACCGACGUCAAUGACAACAGUCCCGUCUUUGCCUCCGGCUCCGCCACCGCGGCCGUCCCAGAGGACGCGGAGGCGGGGUCCAACGUGACGAGCGUGACAGCCACGGACAAAGACAGCGGCUUCAACGGGGAGAUCCGAUACUCCCUCAGAGGAGGACAGGGCAGGUUCUCCGUGGACCCCGUGUCCGGGACGCUGAGUGUGGGCGGUGCACUCGACAGGGAGGCCGAGGCCGAGUACAACCUGGUGCUGGUGGCCGAAGAUCAGGGUCGUCCGUCCAGGUCGGCCACGGCCUCCCUGCUCGUCCAAGUGACCGAUGUCAACGACAACGUCCCCGAGUUCUCACAGGCCGAGUACCGGGCCAACGUCUUUGAGACCGAGUCGGUCGGUACGAGCUUGCUCACCCUGUCGGCCGCAGACCCCGACGAAGAGGCCAACGGGAGAGUGACGUUCAGCAUUUUUCAGCAAAGUCCGUCCUCGGAGCCUCCUGUCUUUGAGCUGGAGUCGUCCAGCGGGGUUCUGCGGUUGGCCCGGCCUCUGGACUACAGCGAGGUCAAGGCGUACAGCCUCCAGGUCCAGGCCUCCGACGGAGGGGCUCCCUCUCUGGUUGGGAACAGCUCUGUAGUGGUGACGGUGAGGGACGUGAACAACAACCCGCCGGAGUUCAGUAAGGAGAUCUACAACGUGGCCGUCUCUGAGAGCCUGGCCAGCGGCGCGUCCGUCCUCACCCUGGAGGUCACAGACCCGGAUGAGGGAGGAUUCUCCAACGGUUACUUCCUCUUUGCCAACGACACUUUUGACAUAAACAAACAAGGUGUGGUCUCACUGAGGAACGAUGUCACCUUGGACAGAGAGACCAAGGACAGCUACAUGAUACAAGUGGUGGCGGUGGAUCAGGUCGCCGCCGGCCUGAGCGCCACGGCCCGGCUCAACGUCUCGGUGCUGGACUACAACGACAACGCGCCGCAGUUCCCGAGCCUCCCCGACCCCUUCCUCAUCGCCGAGGGCGAGUACUCGGAGGUCGCCCCGGGGGACGUUUUCACCAUCGAGGCCACGGACGCCGACCUCGGCCCCAACGGAGAGGUCACCCUCUCGCUCCUCCGCCCGCACCCGCUCUUCAGGUUCAGAGAGGACGGGACGCUGCUGGCUGUCGGCUCUCUGGAUCGAGAGCGCCAGGAGACGUACGAGCUGUUCGUGAAGGCCUGGGACGGCGGACGCCCGCAGAGAGAGAACAUCACCUCCAUCAGAGUGAGCCUCCUGGACGUGAACGACAACAGACCCCAGUUCAGCUCCAGCAGCUACGUCAGCACCGUCCUGCUGAAGGAGGCGGAGGAGGGGAAGCUCCUGCUGACGCUGUCCGCCUCCGACCGGGACGCCGGGAACAACUCGCUCAUCGCCUACAGUUUCUCUGCAGGAAGUUCUCCAUAUUUGGCCUUAAACAGCGAGACCGGGGCCGUGACCUUGACCUCUGACCUCGCUGAUGUCACAGAAGACACCACGCUGGAGCUGACGGCCGUGGCCGAAGACCACGGUCGGCCUCCUCUGAACUCCACAGCUCGCGUGGUGGUGAAUCUGAGGGUUGCCAAUCUGAUGGAGGGGGUGGCCUUCCUGAGCUCCUCCUACAACUUCAGUCUACCGGAGAACCAGGCGGCGGGGGCGCCUGUGGGGAAGGUGUCGGCCUCCUCGGGGACCGUCCUCUACGACGUGGCCUACUCUCUGAAGACACACGCCGACCUGUUCUCCGUCAGCCCCAGCGGAGCCUUGGUGACCAGAACAGAGCUGGACAGGGAGGAGCAGGAGUGGUACAUCCUGGAUGUGGAGGCCGUGGACACCAGGACCCCCCCAACGUCAGCAUUUGCUAUGGUCAGAGUUCAGGUGCAGGACGUGAACGAGUCUCCUCGGUUCCCCUCCGAGGUCCACAGAGCCUCCGUGUUCAGCAUCGCCCCGUACAAAACCCCCGUGAUCCGUGUGGAGGCUUCAGACCCUGACCAGGGGGAGGCCAGUCAGCUGGUCUACGGUCUCACUGAGGACAGUCCCCACUUCGACGUGGACCCGUCCUCCGGUCAGCUGUUCGUGGUGUCCGCCGCGGGACUCGCGGGACAGACGGCCGCGGUGGAGGUGGAGGCCCGAGACCCCCGCGGACUCUCUGCUACAACCAGGGUGGAGGUGGAGGUGAAGGGGAGCGCGAGCAGCGGUGACGUGGUCGUCCUCUCCAUCAACCAACCCGCCAACGCGGUGGAGAAGAAGCUCCGCGAGGUGGAGAGCUCUCUGGGUUCGGCCCUGGGCUGGACGGUGAGCGUCAUCGAGGUGUUGAGCACCACCCGCGGUUCCUCCGAGUCCAGAGCGCCGCGCGUCCUCGUGGAGGCGCGGGUCGGCUUCUUGAGCUUCGACAGAGGAGAGGUGGUUCCCUCGGAGGAGGUCACAGAGAAGCUGCGGAGCCAAUCAGCUGCUGUGAGGGCGGAGCUUGUCAAAGUGUUCGGGGAGGGGCUCCAUUUCGAGGUGGAGGUGGAGGUCCCCAAGUCCCCAAGUCCCGCCUCCAGCCAGGCUGUGGUCAUCGCUCUGUCCGUCAUGCUGGCCCUGAGCAUGCUGGGAAUGAUCGUGGCCGUUGCAUUGAUCGUCAGGUUCAAGUGGACGCAGAAGUGUCCGAAAAGUGACAAAGAGGGUCUGGUUUGUGACGGGAAGGACGAAAACUCCCAAAAGGGACAGAGGUCAGAAGAGAAGGGAGACAAGGAAAUGCAGCCGAGGACGGACAGAGUGACGGAGGACGGAGACAGCCACACUUCUUCUCUUUAAUCCAAACAGCUUUGGGUCCGAUUGUACAGAAGGCCACUAAAAUAAUUUGUUUUUUUACAGUAAGCUCAUACAUUUAAUGCUUCUAUGGGACCAGAGGAGUCGCCCCCUGCUGGUCACUGCACAGAAUGCAGCUUUAAAGAAACUACCGCAUGCCUUCACUUUUCAGAACCGGGAUGGGGGGUUGCUGCCUAUAUAAUCAUUAUCUGUCCUCAAGUAAUGCUGGACUACGUUUCUCCUUGUGUUCAGCUGGAAUUAAAUUAAUUGCACUUUAUUACAGAAAACGGAAACUCGAUUAAAUUGAUUUGAUUCAUUUGUAAAUCAUCUAUCAAAUCCGAUUGUCACUUCAUAUUGGCAGCUUUUUUUCUAUUUCAUUGAUGCAUUGAUUUGUAAAAUAUGAAAAUGCUUGUGCAAAUGAAUCCAUAUUUGACUCGAUCAGUCAAUAUUCUAUUUGCAAUUUAUGUAAAAAAAAGGAAAUUAUUUCUGCAUUUUACAUUUUUAAAUGUAAACACUUGCAUUCUUUAUAAACGUGUGUUUGUAAUGUGAAGCAACCUGAUGUCGAUGGAUUAGAAACAAAUUAAAAUAAAACUGCAUUAGGAUCUUCUAGUUAUUCAAUUGUUUAUUUCUAUAGGAA